AUGAAGCUCUCCGGUAUUCUGCUGGCUGCCCCUUUGGCCCUCGCGGCCCCUAUCCUCGAGGGCAGAGGAGAGACAAUCCCAGGCAGAUGGAUCGUCGUGAUGAACGAAGACAGCUCCCACGAGUCCAUGGCCAGCAGCAUGGCCGACAUCGCAGGCGAUCUGACCCCCAAGCACACAUACAACAUGGGCAUGUUCAAGGGCUACACGAUGGAAGCAUCAGAAGACCUAAUAAGUUCAAUCGCCAACCUUGCCGAAGUCGCCUACGUCGAGGCCGACGUCAAAGUCAGCAUCGCAAGCCUCCAGACCCAAGCCCAAGCCCCCUGGGGCCUGGCCCGGAUCUCCAGCCACGUAGCAGGCACCACCGAGUACAUCUACGACGAGAGUGCGGGCGCGGACACGUACGCCUACAUCAUCGACACAGGCAUCUACCUAGCGCACCCGGAGUUCGAGGGCCGCGCCUCGUUCGGGGCCAGCUUUGUCGAGGGCGACGAUACCGACACCGAUGGCAACGGCCACGGGACCCACGUCGCUGGCACGACUGGAUCUGCGACCUAUGGCGUGGCGAAGAAGACGAAUCUUAUUGCUGUUAAGGUGCUCGAUGCGGAUGGUUCUGGGGCGCUUAGCCAGGUCAUAGCGGGUAUUCAGUGGGCUGUUGAUGAUGCUACUUCCAAAGGCCGCAUCGCCAAAUCAGUCGCCAACAUGUCCCUCGGCGCGCUAAGUCUGGGCACCUCAACCGUCAACACAGCAGCCAAAGCCGCCGUGGCAGCAGGCCUCUUCAUCGCCGCCGCAGCUGGCAACAACGACCUGCCCGCCGUGAUCUUCUCGCCGGCCUCCGAGGCCACGGUGUGCACGGUCGGCGCGACGGCGUCCAACGACACGCGCGCCUACUUCUCCAACUACGGCACGGCGAUCGACGUCUGGGCGCCGGGCGUGGGUGUCCUGUCGACGUACAAGAACGGUUCGACGGCUGUUCUGUCGGGGACCUCGAUGUCGACGCCCCAUGUGACGGGGUUGGCCGCGUACCUGCUGGCCUUGGAGGGUGAGCGGGACCCCGUGGCGCUGUGUCAGCGGAUUCAGGAGUUGGGUACGCAGGAUGCGGUUGGUGACUCUGAGUCGGAUAACAGCAUGAUCGUUUAUAACGGCAACGCAUGA